AUGGACGCCCCUACCAAGACCGUCGACAUGGCCGCCGUGCCUGCCAAGAACGCCGAGCCCGCUGUGGAGCAGCCUACUCGCGUCGAGCCCAUGUCCGUCGAGGCCAACAUGCGCGGCGGUGACGAGGCCGAGGAGAUCUGCUGCGGUCUUUGCGCUGCCUUUGCCUGCUUCGAGUGCUGCAAGUGCUGCUGCUAA